UUCAAUACACGUAUGGCUAUUUCUUUCACUCAGAGCAGCAAAACCCUCAGAAAAUCUCCCGCGCUUCUCUCCGGACAGCUUCGAUCGAUCCGGCGUCAAGCCGGCUUUACCUGCUCGAUGGCAAACACGGUUAGGGUUGGCGCAGUUCAGAUGACAUCUACCGAUGAUCUCGACGCUAAUUACGCCACCUGUUCUCGACUUGUCAAGGAGGCAUGUGCUGCCGGAGUUAAAUUUUUGUGUUUUCCCGAGUGCUUCUCAUUUGUAAGUGCGAAGGAUGGAGAUUCUCUUAAGGUAUCAGAGCCAAUAGAUGGGCCAAUUAUGCAAAAAUACUGUUCACUUGCCAGGUACAUGAAAAAGAGUGCACAACUUCAAGGAACAGGUGGGGGAUCCCCCUCGUUGUUUCAUCAUUUGGUUGUUGAUUUCAGCCAUGCAGCCAUCGAGAUAGCCGUCGUCUGCUGUUUGCUGCUGAAAACUGUUGUUUUCAGUUAUUUGGUUCGCUGUUCAACUGUAGUUCACACCGCCUUUUCAACUGCCUUUCAUCUUCUUACGCUUGUAAUCACUUCAACGCAUUCCUAA